CGCAUUGCAAAGUUGAGACCGAAUAAUCAAAGGUGUAAUCCAGAAAUAUCUUCAAUUUUCCUGCUGCUUAGUCAAAAUCGGACAAAUUGAUAAUGUGAAGUGCAACUGCAAUUGGGAAAAGGAGAACAAAUUCAGCUGCUGCUAGCCAAACACACGAUUCGAAUAGCAACGGUUAAACGGAAGAAUCGACAGCCAAACCUUAGCCAAUAGCAAAGCUGAAGAAAAAUUUUCGAACGCUUUUGUAUGUAUGUGUGUGUGUGUGUGUGUGUGUAUAGUGUACGUCCAUGUGUGUGUUAAUUUUUCAUGCGCAAUUUGGGUUACAAAGCAAAGCGAGCGGUGAAAAACGAAAAACGGUGCUUAAAAUGCAAUAAAAUGUUUUAGGCAGCAGGGGCUUCAUUGAUUUUCUUACGCACAAAAGUAUGCUACAUAAAACGGAGGAAUUGAAAUCGGGCUGCGAUGGCUCCAAGUGAAAAUGAGGCUGAAAACUCUCUGGCUGCAGUGGGAGCGUAAACGCGUCACUCGCCCCAGCAUCAGGAGCAUCGAAAUCAGCAAACAGCAACAAAGGACAACCAGGAUGUGGACGACGGCAGCGACAUCGGCGCCAUGUAGCUGCUAGGCAAGGCGACGACGCUCCAGAAACAACAAACCGCAGCAAUCCAAUAAGUGCGACGACCACACUAUAAACGAGUGGGAGACUUUCGGGCUACUAUCUCUGUCUAUUGGGCAUAUUGCAGGCGCAGUGCGGGCACAUUGCCAAGCUGGCUCCCGUACUGCCCAGCAGCGGCAUGGCCGGCCUCGUUAGCGCCGCCAGUGGUGGGAGUGGCGGUGGAAGCAAUGGCAGCACGGGCAGCGGCUACAAGCACCAGCAUCAUCUCAUCUCGCCGACCCACACAUCGCUGGGACACACGCACACGCACACACACACACUGCCGGCCGGCAUAUGCAGCAGCGACAGCGGCAUUUCCACGCUGAGCGCCAUCUCGCCGCCGCUUUCGGCCGGCAAUUCGGUGUGCAGCACCACAGCGGCAACAGCUGCCGGCGGCAGUCCUCAGCUGCGCACUUCGCCGGCGCUUAGCAUGCUGGGCAGCGGUACGGCUACGGCCAGCGGAAAGGCGCAGACGCAAACACUGAGUCCGGCGGGCGGCGGCUCGCCCAACUAUUUGAGCACCAUGAAGCUGCUCGGGCCGGCGGCUAGCAUUGAUUUGGGCAGCUCGCCGCUGUCGCAUCGCAACUACAGCAACUCGCUGAAGGGGUUCAGCUUUCGGCGCAGCUUUGACGACAAGAUCAUUGCGCCGCCUUUCCUGUCGCACGCCCAUGGACUUGGCUAUGUUGGCGGUACAGCGGCCACUCCGGCGCCCGCGCCCAUACCCUAUCCACACUUCCAUCCGGCGGCGCAUCAUCAUGUCAAUGUGGCGACUCCAUUGGUAACUUCCGCACAUCAUCUGCACUUGCAUCAUCACGGAUCGGGCGUGGCCCAUCAGCCGCUGUCGCUGGGCACGCUGACGUCCUCGCAGUCGACCACAAAGCUCUCGUACCGCGACGACUUUCUUCAGCAGAUUGGCUACCUGCCAACGACGCGUAUUUACAGCACCCCGACGAGCAUCGUUGACGAGGACAAGGCCCAGCAGGACUUUCUCUCUCUAUCACUCUCACCGCCCCUCAAUCGGCGCCGCGAUAUGCCAGCACUGCGAGGACCCUUCGUCAGCCUCUCGGAGCCACGCGGCACAUUGAGCACCACAGAUGAAAUCUACCCAGAUUCGCCGGAUAGCAGCCUCUACGGCUCCGAUGAGGAGCAGGAAGAUGCUUCUCAGUAUUGCCGUGGUGGCUAUCAUCCGGUCGUCAUUGGCGACAUAUUCGACAAUCGGUUUCGUGUUGUGCGCAAACUUGGCUGGGGUCACUUCUCCACUGUGUGGCUAUGUCGAGAUCUGAAAGAUGAGAAGUACGUGGCUCUUAAAGUGGUCAAGAGUGCCCCGCAUUAUAUCGAGACUGCAGCAGAUGAGAUUCGCCUGCUGGAGGCGAUCCGCGAUGCAGAUCCACUCGAUGUGAAGAGGGAGAGAAUCGUUCGACUAAUGAACCACUUUACGGUUCGUGGUGUGAACGGUGUGCACACCUGCCUGGUCUUCGAGGCGCUGGGCUGCAGCCUGUACAAGCUGAUUGUGAAGAACAACUACCAGGGAUUGGCCAUUGCGCAGGUGCGCAACAUUAUUAAGCAGGUCCUUGAGGGCUUGGACUAUUUGCACAGCAAGUGCAGCAUUAUCCACACAGACAUUAAGCCCGAGAAUAUUCUGCUGGUUAUCGACAAUGCGGCGGCUAUGAAUCAGCAGAUUGACGAUGAGAUCAACAGCCUGCGCGUGAAGGGCGCGGACUUUCCCGAUUCAUACAUCAGCUCGAUUGAGAAGCAAACGAAGACGCGUGCCAAAUGGCCGCUGAUCGAGCCGAAUGGCUCAACGAACACGAGCAACAGCACGGCGAACAAUUCGACAUCAUCGACGCCCCUGGCCGCUGUAGUCAUGUCCUCGCUGGACAAGGACGACACUACCACCUCGUCGACGCUCAACUCCAACACCACAUCCUCGCUGGCCUCCAAAUUCUCAAGCCUCUUGGGCGACAGUGAGUGCAACGGCGUUGGGCUGGUCAGCGUGGGCGGCGUUGACAGUCCCAUAAUCGGAGGAACCACGAAUUUAAGCAAUCGCUAUCGUGCCGAGAAGAAAAUCACUGCCAAGUCUUCUAUUGACCGUGAUGAGGACACUGAUACCGACACCUUGGGUGACAAUAGCACCAUUGCCAGCGACACUCCUACCGAGCAGGACGUUAGUCUAAGUAAAAAUAACGUUUGCGUUAAUUCGGAUAAGCUGCCCAAUGCCAACACAGUCAGCAACUUGAACACCAACAACUCCUGCUCCACCUACCCCACUGUUAACUCCAAUACUCAAAGCACGUGCACGCCCACGACACAACAGAACAACAGCAACAACACAUCCACGGCAGAGAGCAACAACAGCCCCACCACGCUCACUUCAACAUUUUCCAAUUCGAAUUCCACAACCUCCGCCUCAACCUCCACCACAACCUCAACCUCAACCACAUCUACAUCAGCUUCUGCCUGUGCCUCUGGCAAUGCACCAACUCCAGCUUCCAGCAGCACUACCAGCACGUGCACGUACUCGUUCACGCAUCUUGUACCAACAACAACCAUCACAACAACCACGACAACAACAACUGCAUCAGACCUGUAUCACAAUAGCAACAUUGGCAUUUGUGAUAAUAGAACAACAACCACAGCUGGCAAUGCGACUUCAAUCACAGCAACAACCACAACAACAACAACCACCGCUAAACUAAAUGUCAAUGCCAAUGCAAUUCCUUCGCAGAACCAGAGCCAGAGUCAGGGUCAAUCCUAUACGCACACGAUACAAUCGCUGAUCAACAACAGCAACGUGAGGGUGAAGAUCGCCGAUCUGGGCAAUGCCUGCUACGACUACCAUCACUUCACCGAGGACAUACAGACGCGUCAGUAUCGCUCGAUUGAGGUGCUGCUGGGUGCGCCAUACAACUAUACCGCCGAUAUCUGGAGCACAGCGUGCCUGGCCUUCGAGCUGGCCACUGGCGACUAUCUGUUUGAUCCGCAUGCAGGAGAGUCGUACAGCCGCGACGAGGAUCAUCUAGCGCACAUCGUGGAGCUUCUCGGAUCAAUACCGCAAUCGGUGAUACUACGUGGCAAGCACGGUCUGAAGUACUUUACAAGCUAUGGUAGUUUACGUAACAUUACCAAACUGAAGCCCUGGAGCUUGCUAAACGUGCUUGUGGAGAAGUACGAUUGGGAUCCCGUAGAGGCCAAGAAGUUUUCGGACUUUUUGCUGCCCAUGCUCGAAUACAAUCCUGUCAUACGUGCAUCGGCGGCGGAGUGCCUGCAGCAUCCUUGGCUGGAGCAGGAGGAGUUCGUUUAGCUCAUUUAGGAUUCACAAAGGAACAGCCGUGUAGGCAGACAUAAUAUUUAACGCGAACUCAUAUUUGUAGGCUUUUAUAUGCAAAACAAGAUUGUCAUAGUGGAAUUAAUAUUACGAUAAAUAUAUAUUAUGCUUAAUUAGCGUUUAAGCCUGAGAGCAAAAUGUAGAAAACAAAACAAGGAAGAAAUUUAAGAUCGUAGGGCAAGGAGUUUUCGAAGCUUUUUUAAAUUAACACGAUUUUGUACUCGAGAGCUUUAAAACCUUUUAGCAAACAAUGCAAUUUUAUUUAUUAUCAAAAAGAGGCAGAAACAGCAAAACGAUUAAUUUUAUGUUAUUUCUUUCACUUUCAUAUAUUUUUUGUAUUGAUAAAAGACAAUGACGACAAUUUGUAAGUCAACAGAUGCCUAAACUGACUGAUUGCAAAAAAAAAAAAAAAAAAAAAAAAA